AUGCCAAUAUUCACGGUAAACACCAAUGUUUUGGCUUCUGCCAUACCAUCAAAGUUCAUCUUUGAACGCGUAAUGGUCCACGUUUGCCCGGCACAAUCGCUGAUUUUCGGAGGCACUCAGGAACCCGCUGUAUCAGCAACUUUGGUAUCGAUAGGAAAGCUUUGUCCGGAUGUUAAUGGAAAACUAUCCGCAAAUUUGUGCAAAAUGAUCAGAGAGAACAUCGGUGUCCCUGAAGAUAGAAUUUAUAUACGCUUUGUUGAUAUUAAAGGCUCAGAACUUGGUUGGAACGGAACAACGAAGUGA